AUGAGCUCGCGCGAUCCUUCUCGAGGCCGUCCGGCUGGUGCAUCACCACGCCAGGACCGCCGCGGCGGCGGAGAGAUGCGUAACGGUUCAGGAUCAAUGCACCCGUCAUCUGGAUCUUCGAGAGCAGAAAGAUUCGAAGAUGAGAAGAGAAGGAUAAUAAACAGUUGUUUUUCAAAGAAGGAUGCCGAUGGGUCGACACUUGAGUCGUACAUCACCCAUAUCCGUAUCACGGAAGAUGCAGCCUAUCCAUCAGCUCCGCCUCCGACCACCUCCCCACCCGAGAAUAAGAAGCCGAGAGCAAUUAUUGUUUCGGUACGAAAGUCAGGCCGAGUUCGAAUGCACAAGUCGAGAGAGAACAGUGACGGCUCGUUCUCGAUAGGGAAGACGUGGACGCUGGACGACCUAUCACGCAUCCAGAUAUAUGACCACUUUAUCCCGUCAAGCCAGGUUGAACAGCAGCAAAAAUCAUGGGCUGCAGACUUGGGAUUCAUUGUCACCAUCACUAAGCCAUACUACUGGACUGCGGCAACUUCCAAGGAGCGGGAUUUCUUUAUCGGCAGUCUUGUAAAGAUAUACAAGAAAUACACUGGUGGAAAAGUUCCGGAGCUGGUUGGGCUGGACCCAAAUGAGAAAGAAGCGCUGGCUGGGACCUUGCCGUUGGUUUCUAAACCUCCUCCGCAGUCCCAAUCGCAAUCGCAAUCUCCCCCUCAGUCUCAACCGCCACCCCAUUCCCAGCCUCAAAGUAGAGGCCAGGACCCAAGGUUGAUGCCCGGAAAGGGUCCUCGUCCCCAAUCUCCAGCUACAGGGCCGAACCGGUCCCAAUCCCCAUAUUCAAGCCUACCUCCUAGCCGCGAUGGUCCACCAGAUAUACGGAAACAACCGUCUAGAGAGCAGUUUCUACAAAACAAACCUAGCCAGGACCAGAUGCCGCGCGGACCGCCCCCAGCAACUUUACUACCACGCAUACCGAGUGAUAGUAGCAAUAACAAUUCUACUACCAACCCACCGCAAAAAUUUCCUCUUCCAACGUCGCCUGUAGAGCCACCAUCAAGGAAACUUGUAGAUGCCCCUUCAACUGAGAACCUUGUACCAUCACCGGUUACGUCAGAACAUCAGAUUUUGCCAAAUAGGACGUAUAAACCGAUGCCAUUAUCGCCCGUAUCGGACGGCGGAUUACUGCCAAACAAGGUGUAUACCCCCAUGCCAGCCCCAGCCCUAUCACCCAAGUCAGAGGACAGACCACACCCCUUUGGUCAAAACAAACAGCAUCAACCUAGCCCGGACAGUGGUGAUAUAUCGCCAUUUAGCAAACCCGUGCAAACUCGCCCGUCUACUAGUGAAUCUUCAUUACCGCCUUCGUUGCGACCAGCGUUUGACAGGUCUCCUAGCUAUGACCAGAAGAGCAUAAAGAGCGUCAAGAGCAACGACGGCGAGGAGGAUAGGCAUAAAACAGCACCUGCUUCUCGAGGUUCCCCCAAGGUUGAGCUUCCGCUGGCAGCCAAGGACGUACCGCAACCUGAACCACCUAAAAUAAGGCCACCAGCCAUUAACGGUGACUUUGCCUCUGAUAUGGAGAAGGCACUGGCGGGCCCUGCUACACCAGAGCCUCCAAGUGAGCCACUUGCGAAGACUGAGUCAUCUCCAGAGCAGUCAAAGCCGCCAGUGAUAAACGUUCCACCGGCAGCCGCAAGCAGCGCGUCGCUUCCGGAGCCUGAACCUGAACCAGAGCCUGAGGUCGAGACUCAUCGACGCGGACUAGGCCCUAUGAUGAAGAGCAAAGGCGGUGCAAAGGAUGUGGCUAAUGUUCUGCGGAAGGCCGCAAAUGCAUACAACGCCUUCAAGCCCAGAGCUGGCGGAGCAGCGGAGCGUCUGCUGGCAGCCAGAGAGAAGGAGAAAUCAGAGGGACCGGAUGGAAUCACAGGCGUUGUCCCCGCGCCGUUACAGAGAGGAAUCAGUGCAGAGACCACGACCAAGCCUGCGGCUACUGAGCCACCCAAGGUAGAGGUUACGGAAGCCGGUGCUGGCAAGGAGAUCUUGUUUGAUAAAUCUACAAGUUCAGCAGCAGACUCUCCAUCCCUGAAGAGAAAGGAGACGAAACCCGCCAAAGAGCUGCGGGAAGACAACACCAAAAAGUCCUGCAGUGCACUUGGGAUCGACCCAGCCGUUCUCGGUGGCCGUGGCGUGGAGUUUGACUGGCUGCUGACUGACCUUGGAUGGGACGGUAGGCUGGGGAAGGACAAGGGAAUCGAGGCGCUGGAGGCCGACAUACGGCUCGAGAUAGGACGGGUGCAGGCCAGCAGCUGGCUGAGCCAACUGCAGUCCUCGCAUGACGGAAGAGUCGACCAGCUGGCCAAGCUGUUUGAUCGUGCCAUGGAAGAGUGCGAUGAGCUGGACGGCCUGCUCACGCUGUAUUCCCACGAACUCGACACACUCUCGGAGGACGUCAACUACAUUGAAUCGCAGGGCCAGGGACUACAGACCCGCCUUGCCAACCAGCGACUGCUGCAGUCCGAGAUCCAGUCCCGGCUCAAGCCCAACGGCAGCUCGCGCUGA